CGUGGUUCGUGAGAUAUUUACUUUAACGUCCAUAAAGGGAUGGAUGUUGGGCACAUGAACGUGUAAUUGAAGCCAAUUCACUGGAACGUUCACAUGUCAUUGAAUGACCUGUGUACAAGUUUUUUUUUUCACACAGCUGUGUAUAGCCUGAAAGAUGUUUGGCAUUCAGCCUCGCCAGCAAGUAUUAGUUCUCUGGAGUACUCCAGUUAAUGCUGAGGAACUGCAAACUUUAGUGGGAGAACUGAAGUCAGCAGUUGGAAAUGAAGGAAAGGUAGCAGUCGAAAACUCAGAUAUGUUAAUGGGCUCUAACCAUCAAGCAAGUUCCUUUGACCAUGUACUUGCUGGAGUGCUUCCCCCAUUUACAUUUCUGUGCCCAGUCAACAUUUUGGGUGAAGCUCUUCGUAUCCUCAAGCCCAGUGGAUGCUUAACAGUGAGAACAACAGACACCAGUAGCACACAGUCUAAUUUGAAACUUGCAGGUUUCACUUCCAUAUCAGAACCAAAGAAUGCUAAUCUUACAGAUGAGCAAAAAAGGAAUCUUACUACACCAGUUGUAGAAGUAACAUGUAAAAAGCCUGAAUUUGAAGUUGGCUCUGCUAUGAAACUGUCGUUUGCAAAACCGGCAGCAUCAAAGCCAUCAACUGGCACAUGGAACAUUGAUUUGGAUGAUGACAUUGAACUUGCUGACCCAGAUGACUUGCUUACGGAAGAAGACUUGACUCUGCCUGAUCCUGCAAGUCUGAAAGUGUGUGGAACUACAGGCCAACGUAAGGCAUGUAAAAACUGCGUUUGUGGUUUAAAAGAAGAAUUAGAUGCCGAGAACAUGAAGGCAGCUGAAGAAAAUAAGAAAAACUUUAAAUCAUCUUGUGGUAGCUGUUACCUUGGAGAUGCCUUUAGGUGUGCUUCUUGCCCAUACCUGGGGAUGCCUGCAUUUAAGCCUGGAGAGAAGGUUAAACUUACAGAUAACACACUCCAAGAUACUACUUAAAGCAGGGGCAUGUUUAAAGAACUAUGGUAAUACCUCAUGUUAAUAUAAAUUAUCAUAAUCUUGAUUGCGGUUGAAGAAAAAUGUUUCACUCAGUUGAUAAAACAAAUUAGGACAUCAUUAUAUAUGGUUUACCUACAUUCUUUUUCUUGCAAAUAUAGAGGCUUAUGUAUAUAUAUUUUUACCAAAGUUUAUAAUUUGUGAAUCAUGAAAUGCAGUGUGUUGUAAGGUUUAAUUUUCAGAAUUUUAAGUUCUUUCAUUGAAUUUGGGUUAAUGAUAACAAAUAUGAUAGUGCAUUUUAUAUAUUGUAUAUGAAAGUCACUUAUACAGUGCACUCUCCCAAAUCCGGAUACCUUUAAACAACGGACCAUCUUUAUUCCUUGGAUUUCCAUCAAAAAUUUAGAGUAGACAAAAAACUACCUGGAUACUUGUUCAUCAUAGUAAGCAAUUUCCAUGAAACCUUAUAUUUUUUCUUUUGAUAAUUUUGUAUUUUAUUUGUAUAUAUAUUAUUCAAAAUAAUGCAUUGAUAUUUUUAAAAUGUUUUACUAAACUUGUACUGUACUGUACUAUAAAUUGCACAACCGAGUUUGUUUGUAUUCCUUGAGUGAGUGUAGUCUGACUUCGUUAUUCAAGCAUUUUCACUUUAGAGUUGUCACUAUGUUGUAAUGUAAGAGUAGCAUAGGUACAUCAAACAAGAGUGAGAGGAACUUCCUUACCAUGGAUAAAGCAGAGUUAUUAGAAAAACAUGAUUAUGGUUGGGGAGGAAAGCAGUAUUGGUACUAAUGCUGUUUGUCAUAAAAUUAGCAAAGGAAGCAGAUCAUAUAGUUUGUGAAUAAAAUAAAACAGUAGUGAAAAGAGAAAUGAUUAACAAAAUUUAAACCUUACAGUUUAAGCAUGAGGAUUUAGAUGCUGCUUACUAAUAAUUUAUGCAGCUCUGUAGCCUCGGGUGAACCGUUUGUUCAUAGCUGAAAGAUUGGCAUUAAUCAUGGGCACUGAGGACUUAAAGGCCAGUUCAGAAGUUUAAUAGAUGGCAUAUCAGUACUAUAAGUGCAUUUUGCUGCCUCUUGUGUUAUCAAGACCUGCCUGUGCUAUUAAAAAAAUUAAGUGACCAAUAAAUUUCUUGCAUUUUUUCGUGCAUAAUUAUUUAUAGGCACACAACCAUUAUUUAUAUAUUGUGUUUGUAAAUACAGUGGAACCUUGACUUACGAGUGCCCAUACUUACAACUUUUUUGAGUUACAACCCCAAUUUCAUCGGAAAAUUCGACUUGACGUGCAACCUUUGACUCAACUUGCGACUUUGUUGAUACACGUAUGGGUCGACGGGGAGUGUGGCACUCUUCAGUUUACCAGUGUCUCUCGCCUAGUGACAAUCGCUCUUGAAUUCUUUGUAAAGAAUUUCAUUGUUUUUCUGCUUUCUUGGUUUUUGAGCUUAGAAGUAAUUAUUAUAUAUUAUGCCAUGGGUCCCAAGAAAGUCAGUGGUAAGGUUCAACCUAAGAAAAUAGUUGAGUAGAGGCAGUAGAGAAUGUCCCUUCCUCAUUAAGAAAAUGUGUGAA